GUCGGGAAAUAAGAUUAUGCAACCCCGGCCCGAACCAGAAAGAGUACACUCGUUACCAAACAAGUUUUUGGUGUAUCUGCCCUUCGAGCUAUUGAUAUACAACUCAAAGCAGUAGUAGUACUACCAAAGAGCAGAAGUAGUGCAGCUAGAGCUAGCGCUCUCUCGAUCUUGAUAUUUGGAUAUAUAGUUUCGCAGACGAGGAGAAGAAGAAAAAGAAGACAGACUUUCCAAAUCUCCCUGCUUCCACAAAACAAAACAAAAAAUAUAAUGGCCAACUUCUCAGAGGGCCACAUUUGCCAUUGCCUGAGACACCUAGCAACCGCGCGGCGCAAUGCUGUGAUCACCAUCAGCGGCAACAGGCAAAAGACUGGCAAGCAGUUUGUGGAGGACGUGUUGAGUCUGGCUCGUGGGCUGUUGGAACUUGGCCUCGGAGCCGGUCACGUCGUCGCCAUCUCUGCUUUCAACAGUGAUAUGUACUUGGAGUGGUUACUAGCCAUUGCGUUUGUUGGAGGAAUAGCUGCUCCACUGAAUUACCGUUGGAGCUUUGAAGAAGCAAGAUCUGCAAUGCAGCUUGUGAGGCCAGUUAUGUUGAUUACUGAUGAGAGCUGUCAAGGUGGCUGGUACUCAAAUCUUCGAAGCAAUCACAUACCUUCCCUGAGGUGGCAUGUUUCUUUGAGUUCUUCAGCUCCCUCCUCCCAUCUCAUCAACACUUGGAAUGUUUUAACUACUGAAAUGCUGAGGAAACAAUAUUCUGGAAAGUCUGAUCUGCCAUUGAACUACCGGUGGGCACGUGAGGGUGCUUUUAUGAUUUGCUUCACUUCAGGAACCUCUGGAAGACCAAAGGGAGUUACCCUAACCCAUGCUGCUUUGAUUGUACAAUCCCUAGCAAAACUCGCCACUGUUGGUUUCAGUGAGAAUGAUAUUUAUUUGCAUACAGCGCCAUUGUGCCACAUUGGUGGUAUUUCAUCAGCCAUGGCGAUGCUAAUGGCCGGAGGUUGCCAUGUCAUAAUACCUAAGUUUGAGCCUAAAUCAGCCCUAGUAGCCAUAGAACAAUACAGAGUGACUGCUCUAAUCACUGUCCCUGCAAUCAUGGCUGAUCUAAUUUCUUUAAUCAGGCGAAAGGAAACUUGGAAAGGGAAGGAGACUGUGAACAAGAUAUUAAAUGGAGGUGGGGGACUAUCAGUUGGGCUAUUAAAGGAUGCCAUCUUGUUCUUCCCAAGAGCUAAGCUUCUCACAGCUUAUGGGAUGACAGAGACAUGCUCUUCAAUGACCUUCAUGACACUUCAUGACCCAAGAAUGGAAACCUCCAGCCAAAACCUCAACACUAUUUCUGAUAAGAAACAUACUACGGCUCACCAAACCCUAGGUGUCUGCGUAGGAAAGGCUGCACCACAUGUAGAAUUAAAGAUAUCUACAGAUGGCUCUUCUCAGGUUGGAAGCAUUUUGACCAGAGGCCCGCAUGUAAUGCUCAGGUACUGGGGUACUCAAACUCCAACUAAAGCAAUAUCUCAUGACUCUGGUGAUGAAAAUUGGCUUGACACUGGGGAUGUUGGGUCCAUCGAUGAGAAUGGUAAUUUAUGGCUUGUUGGACGACUGAAUGGUAAAAUUAAAAGUGGAGGGGAGAACAUUUACCCCGAAGAGGUGGAGGCAAUCCUCUUACAACAUCCAGGAAUUAUGAGCAUUGCCAUUGUUGGAAUUCCGGAUGCUCGCCUCACAGAAAUGGCUAUUGCAUGUAUUCAGUUGAGAAAGAAUUGGGUUUGGUCUAAUGCAAGCUCUAAACACUCAGCUAAAAAUGAAGAGCUGGUUUUAUCUAGUGAAAUUCUUCGACAAUAUUGCAGAGAAAAGAAUAUAACAGGGUUCAAGAUCCCAAAGGCAUUCAUUGUAUGGGAGAAAUCGUUUCCAGUGACAACAUCUGGGAAAAUAAAAAGAGACCAAGUUCGGAGAGAGGUUAUAUCUUAUCUGCAACCCUUACAGAGCAGUCUAUGAUUGUCUCCAUUGAUUAAUGUACGUUUAGAGCAGCAACACACCUAGAUGAUGCUUGGGUCAUGAGCAAUCCGCCCAUGUCUUUUUGAGCAAAAGCCAGGAACGCAUGAUACCUGGGAUUUAUCGGUUCUUAUGUAAUAAUUAGUGGCAAAUCUCAUGUAACAUAGCCACAUUAUUUAUGUGUUACAGUUUUUUUUUUCCUUCCUUGCAGUUGUAUGUUAUUUGGGUCUGAAUAAAAGUCUACUGACUUUGUUUAGAGUUGUAAGGCUGAUCAAUAAAUUAAUUAAUAAUAAUAAUGUCAUAUUUGGAAGUUGAAUGCAA